ACAGUAGUGAAAAGUCUUUAGCCCAGAUCUAGACACAAGUCCGAUUAAUCAAAAAGAAAUUAGUUUCCGGCAUUAUUUAUAUAUCGCGGGAAGCACCGAUUUAGAUAAACAAAAAUGCAAUGCAGAUAAUUAAAUUAAGCUAAGCUACAUGCCGAUGAUUUCUAGGUAAUCUCAGCUAUAUCUGGCAAGGGUAUUUCACAUUCCGGUGCUCAAAUCCAGAUCUCCUUUCUAUUUUUUUUGCCGGCAGCUGAGCGGAAUUUUAUUAAAUUCGAUCGGUAUGCUGCUGCCGAAAAAAAAAACCCACAAACAUAUUAAGUUUGAUAUUUAGUUUGGAGCGGCUUUUGGAGUUCAGAGCCAGAUUAGAGACGUCAGCGAUGGCGACGCCAACGCCAAAGUCGACGUUGCCGUUGGUUGCCUAUAAAAGCCACCGCCUGCGAAGAUCACCCAACCAGUGUGGAUUAUACAAGCCCAGAAACCAGCAAGAUGUUCAAGCUAUCGGUCUGCCUGCUCGCCGCCUUGAUGCUGUCUAAUGUCUAUGCGGACAACAUUAACAAGGAUGCCGUGAUUACCCGCGAGGAAGUUGAUUCUGCCGAUGCCGAUGGCAACUAUCGCUUCGCCUACGAAACCAGUAAUGGCAUCCAGGCCCAGGAGGCCGGAAACCCCAAUGGAAUUAGCGGAAGCAGCUCCUACAUCUCCCCCGAAGGCAUUCCCAUCUCACUGUCCUACGUCGCCGAUGAGAACGGCUUCCAGCCUCAGGGCGCUCAUCUUCCCACCGCUCCCCCAAUUCCAGAGGCCAUCCUCCGCGCCCUGGAAUACAUCGCCGCCCACCCCCCACGGUCGUAAAUACCCGAUCGGACCCCCAUUUAAAGCCUAGUCAGUGCUUUUGCUAAACAUGAGUUAAAUCUAGUUAUAGAAAGUCUGUACAUAAAUCCCCUCAAAACAAAAACAUAAAAAGUUACAUCAAAUAUACCCACAGCAAUGCUGAUCAUUUGAACAGAGUGAAGUAUGUUAUAAUGUUCAUUAUA